UUUGAGCUUUAUCGGUUUUCUUCAGCCUUAUUAGUCAUUACCCAUCGAUCCAAUCGCCACUUUAAAACGCACAAAAAAAAAAAAAAAAAGCACACACAAAAAUUCGUCAUCGUCUUUCCUUCAUUUCAAUGGCUUCCCGUGUGAUAACGGUGGCACAGGACGGCAGCGGAGACUGCCGGACGGUACAGGAGGCAAUCGACGCCGUUCCCCUCUGCAACACGUGUCGGACUGUGAUUCGCGUGUCGCCGGGCGUUUACCGACAGCCGGUUUACGUUCCCAAGACCAAGAACCUCAUCACCCUCGCCGGUCUCCGGCCGGAGGACACCAUCCUCACCUGGAACAACACCGCCACUAAGAUCGACCACCACCAGGCGCCUCGGGUGAUUGGUACUGGGACGUUUGGGUGUGGGAGUACCAUUGUUGAAGGAGAGGACUUUAUUGCUGAAAACAUCACUUUUGAGAACUCUUCUCCUGAGGGUUCGGGUCAAGCCGUGGCGAUUAGAGUAACAGCCGAUCGGUGUGCCUUCUACAAUUGUAGAUUCCUGGGAUGGCAGGAUACUCUAUACUUGCAUUACGGAAAGCAGUAUCUUAAAAAUUGUUACAUUGAAGGAAGUGUGGACUUCAUUUUCGGCAAUAGCACCGCCCUUUUGGAGCAUUGUCACAUCCAUUGCAAGGCAGCAGGCUUCAUAACCGCACAGAGCAGGAAAUCCUCUCAAGAGACAACUGGUUAUGUGUUUUUGAGAUGUGUUAUCACUGGUAACGGAGGAAAUUCAUAUGCACACCUAGGACGACCGUGGGGACCUUUUGGGAGAGUCGUGUUUGCAUAUACAUACAUAGAUGGAUGCGUCAAACAUGUGGGUUGGCAUAACUGGGGUAAAGCCGAGAAUGAAAGAAGUGCUUGUUUUUAUGAAUACAGGUGUUUUGGACCUGGGAGUUGCCCGUCAAAACGGGUGACGUGGUGUAGAGAACUCAUGGAUGAGGAAGCGGAACAGUUCCUCAUGCACUCUUUUAUCGACCCGAAUGCAGACCGGCCUUGGCUUGCUCAGAGGAUGGCCUUGAGGGUGCCAUUUUCUGCUUGAUUCAACCUUGCUGUUGAAGCUGAGAUGCACAAGUUUCAAAGGUCGGGAUGAUCAGAAAAUUGAGGAUACUAAAAUCUUACUCUGUAGACUAGUGAAGUCUAUAAUAAAUAAUGUGUUUUAUUUGGGUGUAUUUGACUUCGAGGAACAUCUUGGAAUGUAAGGUUUGAGUGUUUAAUGAGGCGGUAACGUUGUUCUGUUUA